CGUCCGAUCACCUUUGUCCUGCAGAAUUUCAUGACUUCUUCGUCAUUAAGGUUGGAAUGUUUCCCAACGUUAUUGAUUGGCAACUAGCUGCAUUUCCGUUACUCUUAAGCGUUCAAACUCUUGUUGUGAUUGAUUUAGUAAUCAUAGCAUUAUCCAUCAAAUUAUAAUUAAUCAAUGAUGGUUGGCCGACACAGUCAUCGUCUUCAUCGUCCACACGCGCAUGGAUCGGAUCAAGCCACCCAGGUUCCAGCAACAGUCACCAAGUCAUCGAUUAAUAGACUAUCGGUAUUUCCAGCAACCAUCGGCCGGCAAAAUACGAGAGGACCAUCUGGGCGGCGGUGAGCACGAGGAGGCAUCGGCUUGAUCCGGCCUGCCCGGUGCCAGCUUCUGUACAGGUUAAAUCCACCCCAAUGCUUAACACUUGGCGUAAUGACGUUGAGUACAGCGUGGCUCUUUCUUAUUGAGCAAAAGAGGUUCUGCUGUCAAAUAUGCGGUGGGAGAAGGGUUUCAGUUCACGAAUUCAAACUGCCGGAGCUCAUUUCCGUGUUCUCAAAUGGAAGCAGCAACAGAACAUAUGUAGCUCCUUAUAGUGAGUGGCGCUCUUCUUCCUCUUUCUCUCUGUCUCUCGAGGUUUUUUUUAUCUGGAUUUCGCCGAGGGCACCAGCAUUUUGAACGCUAGGGAGGUCGAAGAUCCGUUGCUCAAUUCCCAAAAGAGGGCAAAGGUGACAAUGCCAGAUAUUCAACUUGAGACUCACACUAUAAGAUCCCACGGAACCAAACUAGCAAGAUUUCACGUUCAUGACUGGAUCAUACUGUUACUUCUUGUAAUUAUCGAUGUCAUAUUGAAUAUUAUAGAACCUUUCCAUCGCUUUGUGGGAAAAGAUAUGAUGACAGAUUUGAGAUAUCCGUUGAAGAGCAACACAGUACCAGUUUGGGCUGUUCCGUUGAUUGGAGUAGUUUUACCGGCUUUUAUUGUCAUUAGUAUAUACUUCAAAAAGCGGAAUGUCUAUGAUCUGCACAAUGCAAUAUUAGGUCUCCUGUUUUCUGUGCUUAUUACUGCCGUCCUAACUGAUGCAAUCAAGGAUGCUGUUGGUCGGCCACGACCAGAUUUCUUUUGGCGUUGUUUUCCUGAUGGCCAUGAUCUAUAUGAUGACUUCACCACUAGUGUUAUAUGUCAUGGAGAGAAAAGUGUUAUAAAGGAAGGGCACAAGAGUUUUCCUAGCGGGCAUUCUUCAUGGUCUUUUGCUGGUUUAGGCUUUCUUGCCUGGUAUCUAGCUGGGAAAUUUAGAGCCUUCAAUCGGAGGGGCCAUGUUGCUAAACUUUGCAUCGUGCUGCUUCCUCUCCUUUGUGCGUCACUUAUAGCAAUUUCUAGAGUGGAUGACUAUUGGCAUCACUGGCAAGAUGUAUUUGCAGGAGGAAUUUUAGGAUUGGUGGUUUCUUCAGUUUGCUAUUUGCAGUUCUUCCCUCCCCCUUACCAUGUAAAUGGUUGGGGACCUCAUGCAUAUUUCCAAGUGCUUGAGGAGAUGCCAAACGGUGUUGCACCUUCUACUGCUACUAAUGGCCUUAUAGCAUAAAGACCUGUAGAGAUUGAGACCGUCAAUAUGGCUUUCAGAAGGGCAGAAUCAUUUUCCCUCCAAUCCAGUGUUGCAUGAUACCAUAGGCAAUGAAUUCCUGCACUAAAUUUGCAAUAUAGAAUAUUUGAUAUGGAUGCAUUCUUCUUGAAAAAAUUUUUUUUUGAUAGUGUUUAGAUUUAGGUUUUGUUUAGGACGGUUUUUUUACUGCUUCUUAAAGUAGCUUUUUAGUACAAAAAUUAAAAUUUUUAUAUAAAAAAGCUAUUUUAAGAAGCUUAAAAAUGUCAUCCCAAAUGAAGUCUUAUUCUUCUAUUUUCUUCUUUCUGACAUUUUUUUGCCGCUAGUGGUGUUCCUUUGUGAAGAAUGGUGUCAGUGACUUUUCCGACGGUUUGAAUUGUUGUUAGUGCUUCAGCUAUUUGAUUUAAAUUUGAGCUCAAGCUCGAGUUGAUAUGAAA